UCGGAAACGUGGCAGCGAACGCGGCGCUGUUGGCAUUUCUCGCGAGUGUCCUCCGGUGUUUUCUCGCCGUAUGGAGGGACUGACGACGAUCGAGUGACACGGGAUCGAGUGCACGAGAGACGUUUUGCGCGUUUGAGACAGCAGGCAGUAGUAAUCAGCUGUCGAGUGUUCGGAAGUAAACGAUGAAGUGGUUUAUCUUGCUCGUAGCAUUUGCUGCCUUGUGCGUAUCUGUAUAUGCAGAAGAGGAGGAAGAGGCUGCCAGAUUGUUGGUAUCUAAACAAAUACUCAAUAAAUAUUUGGUAGAAAAUAUGGACAUAGUUAUUAAGUACACUAUUUACAAUACUGGCAAUGUCGCAGCAUUGGAAGUCGAGAUCACAGAUAAUUCGUUCCAUCCAGAUCACUUCACUCAUGUGAGUGGCGAGUUGAAUGCUAGGAUUGACCGCGUACCACCCUAUACUAAUGUGAGUCACACUGUGGUUGUGAGACCACGCAAGUUCGGGUACUUCAACUUCACCUCAGCAGAAGUUUUGUAUCGUCGCAAGGAAGAUGCCCCUAGACUACAAGUGGCUGUAAGCAGCGAGCCUGGCGAGGGACUUAUUGUGGCAUACAGAGAUUAUGAUAAACAGUUCUCAUCUCAUGUGGUUGAUUGGGCCGCAUUCGCUGUGAUGACUCUACCUUCUCUGCUCAUUCCAUUCGCUUUAUGGUACUCGAGUAAAUGUAAAUACGAGAAACUGCUGAAGAAUACAAAAAAACACUGAUUAUAUAUAUGUUAGAGUCGUUUUCAGAAAUUUCUAGGUCACUUUAUAAAUUUUCUUAUAUCAUAAGAAACACGACUGUUCCAUUACAUAUACUACUUUUGUAAUAAACGUAACGCUAUUUAUGAAAA